CGCGGCCGCGCGCCGCGCGUCGGAGAAUGCCCGAAGACUAACGCAGCCCACGAUGCGGCAUCGCUAGUAGGAUGGUGAUAAUCGGAGGUCCUAUGCACGAAAUAGAGCGCAAGUGCUGGUGGAAUGACCGGGGACGGCAAGCGCUACUGCAGUACCUGCCCUACGACAAUCAUCUCUAUCUCAUCUGCACAAGAAACUAUGGAGAACGCCAUGCCAAAAGAUGUUAACAAGAUUCUUGUCGUUGCGCAUAUAUGUCGCUCUGGUCGUGCGACGACCAGAGCACAUCUUCAACGCGAUCUGAGCGACACCCCGCAUCGACACGAUGUCAGGAUUCCUACGUAAAGCUCGCAAUGCUAUAGGCUCACCUAAAGUGCUUCGCAACGAGUCAAACAUCGUGAGAUCAGAUGGAGCUUUGCGAUACAACGAGGACUUGCUUCCAAGUCCUCCAGAGGACAGAAGAUGGAAAUGGCAGCAUUACUUUGCGUACUAUCUUACCAUGACUUUUAGCCCUAGUAGUUAUAAUCUUGGUGCUACAUUGAUCUCCAUUGGACUCGCAUGGUGGCAUGGCAUGAUUGCCGCAGUCAUCGGAAGCGCCAUCUUGACUGUCUUAGUGGUGCUAAAUAGUCGUGGCGCCAUCAAGUACUUCAUCGGAUUCCCUGUAUACGUUCGUGCCGCGGCAGGAGUCCGUGGUGCCAGCCUGUACAUUCUGGUCCGUGCUAUAGUCGCCAUCGUAUACUUUGCUACGCAAACCUACUAUGGCGGACGUAUUACUUCGGUCUUCAUGCGCGGCAUCUUCGGCAAUGGCUACUACAAUAUUCCGAACCACCUUCCAGCCAGCGCUGGGAUCACGUCUCGCGACUUGCUCAGUUUCCUCCUCUUUUGGAUGGUGCAAAUGCCUGUCAUGUUCAUCCAUCCGAAAGUGCUUCGUCACCUGUUCGUCGUCAAAGCCGUCUACACAACCAUUGCUCUCUUUGGUGUGCUCGGAUGGGCGAUCAGCGCGAACGGAGGGACUCUGGGAAAUUUCGAUUACACGACCAAGCAAGCUCGCCUAUCCGGUUCCGCUCUUGUCUGGCCGAUGAUCCAGGCCAUCAACUCGGUCAUGGGUGCACUCGCGCCUGUCCUCAUCAACCAACCCGACAUUGCUCGGUACGGCCACUCUUACAAAGACGUCACAUGGAGCCAGGGCAUGGGUAUCCUGAUCAGCAAAGUCUUGGUCAUGUUCCUCGGAACAGCAACCACAUCGGCGGCGACAAGCGUGCUCGGAGCGAGCUACUGGAAUGUGUGGGAUCUCUACGACGCUAUUCUUAACAAGUACUGGAACCACGGAGCCCGAGCCGGAGUGGUGUUCGCAUCAUUCGGUAUGAUGCUGGCCAUCCUGAUCACGAAUGCGGGAAGCAAUUCACUUCCUGUCGGGGCCGACCUAACGGGACUGUUCCCUCGAUGGCUCACUAUCGUUCGAGGUCAGAUUCUCUGCGCAGUCCUCGCACCUUUGCUUGUGCCGUGGAAGAUCAUCGCCAAUGCGGCCUCGUUCCUCACCUUCUUGGGCUCUUAUACGGUCUUCUUGAUGCCGAUUUGCGCUUGCAUGAUUGUCGAUUAUUGGUAUGUGAGACGAGGAAACUUCCAUGUGCCUUCUCUGUAUGUCAACUCCCCCAAAGCCCCAUACACGUACUACAAAGGGUGGAAUCUGCGUAUGCUUGCGCCAUGGGUGGCUGGUGUUGCUUUUACCGUGCAUGGCGUUGCUGGGUCGCUGGACCCAGACUCAGUUGCGACUGCCAGCAAGAAUAUGUACAAGCUUGGCUUUGUCCUAUCGUUCUUGAUGGGCGGUCUAGUGUACUUUGUACUGUGCCUGAUCUGGCCGCCACCGAUACUUCCAGGGGGCGAAGAGAGGGAGCUUCGCUUUGAGGAGAUGGCUGCUAAUGAGGGGUUCUUUGAUCACGAGAGCGUCGCGACGAUUACAGGGGUGGUCGAGGGAGAAGAGGUGGAAUCGAGCAGUUACUCAGCUCACGGCAAAGAAGAUAAGGUAUGAUCUAGCCGAU